AGCGUCGCCAUGUGGAGCUUUUUUUCUUCUUCUUCAACCGAACAAUGUAAGAGGGUUUCUUAUUCUUUCAUUUCAUUUUUAAUUAAAAUUUCGAUCACCAUGGAAGAGGAUCUCCGUCGUGAUUUCCACUCGCCGACGUUCCCCGAGUUGACGCGUUCCGGUGUUCACUAUGACUCCUCCGCCACCAUCGUCGAUAUCGCUCCGUUUCAGGACCAGUCUAGACGAUGGACAGAUCAACUGCACAAAUUAUAUCUUAGUUCUUUAGAGGCCUCAUUUGUGAAUGAGUUGCAUCGUUCUAUACAUUUACGUGGUUGGAGCUUUCACAAUAAUGACGAUGAAACAUAUAAAUGUAUAACUGAUAUGCCUAGACAGUCUCUGGCUCUACAAGAUGGCUGCCAGAAGAAGAUCAGCAGCCUUGAAAAAAUUGCUCCCGUGUUAGAGAGCACAGCUGAUUCUCAUGUUCUUACAGGAAGUGAACCGGGAGAUGCAAUGCUAGAUAAAGCUUGUAAUUUGAGAGAGCCUUGUACCUAUGACCAUGGAUUACUUUCUGACCAGGAAAUUCAUGCCAGUGGGAGUUCAUCAUUUGCCAACAAGUCAGCAAGAAGUUAUUUGGAGAAGCAAUGCUCAUUCCAUGGAGAAUCGGGUUGCAGUACUACAGAGGUCGCUGAUCAAAACUUUAAAGAUGAAGAUGACGUAGCCAGUUCAAGCAGCAUGCCUGUGGCUAAAAGGUUGAAGACCGUUGCAGCUGAUGAUUCAAGCACCGAUCAAGUUGUACCUUUUAGAAUGUUUCAAACAACUGAUAUUUCAACCAACACCAGAGAAUGAAGGACAUGAACUAAUAUUUCAACUCCCCAGACCCAGAGAGCUUCCAUGCCUUAAAGUCUGAUCCACCUCAUUUCUCAGGGAUAGGUAAGUAUGCAACUUAGAGUAAAGCCUCAAAUUUUACUGUAGAGGCUGAUAUAGCACACGAGAAUAGUCGAUUUACUUAGUGCCCUUUCAAGAAAUUUGAGGGGCUUAUUAUGUAAAGGAAAAUCAAAUAUGGAAACUCUAUUCUUGUUAAAUUUAGUGCUGGUUAGGUUACCCAUAGGUGUUUAAUGUAAUAUAGCAGGAAGAAUCCUUUGAUAGCAAUCUGUUUCGACACAGUACAAAUAAGGAUUUUGUAUGAUUCUUUUGUUAGAUGGAUUUUUGGGGAACUGUUUUGAA